GCGCGUACGAGUAUAGGCGACCGGCGUACGACGUGGAGGAGGGAGGAAAGCGAAGGACACGACCUGAGGCAGAGGGAGGAGGAGGCGCCACACAUUUUCACCGCGUCCUGUGCUGCGGGGACACGCCACCAUGCCUUGGCACGCCCUGGGGGAGAACCCUUGUCCACCGGCAAGGAAGCCUGGUGACAUCGUCAGAGGGGCUAGAAAGAUUCAGCUCAACACCAACCAUUUUGAGGUCACAGUAAGGAAUCCCAACAUAACCCUCGUACACUACGAUGUGGAUAUCAAGUUGCCGAAUAACAUGGCAGCCAUAUUGCCAAAGAAAAAGCGUAUGAUGAUAUUUGAAAACAUGAGGACUGCCUAUCCAAAAGUUUUUGGGAAUCAUGUAAUUGGAUUUGAUUCAGAGAAGAAUGCCUACUCCACAACACCUCUCUUCCAAGAAAGCAAGUCCAACCCGGGGAAGAAGUUUGAGGCUGAAUUACUUGAAUUUGGGAAGCCUCAAAAAUUUGUGGUAACAAUGAAAGCCGUCAAUUGUGAGAACUUGUCCACUCUCAUGACUGCAUUAAAGGCUGGCAACAAGAGGGUAAUACCACAAGCCAUCAUACAGAUGCUUGAAGUGAUAUUCCAACACAACCUCUGUGUACGAUAUGAGAGGAUUGGCCGUGACAAAAUGUUCUCAACGGAAAGAGCGUUUGGAAAUCCAUGUAACAUAGGCGGAGGAAAGGAGGCCUUGGUUGGUUUCUUUGGCUCUCUAAGACCUGUUGGCUGGAAAGACAACACAAUGCUCCUAAAUGUUGAUGUGGUGAAUGCUGCUUUCUACAAGGAACAAGGUGUUAUUGACUUCAUCAAGGAGGUUCUUGAUAUUUCUGACGGUGAGCUUAAUCAGACACUAACUCCAGCCCAGAAACGGAAGGUUAUCAGCAAUUUGAAAAAGAUGAAGAUACAGGUAACACAUACAAACAUACCACGAACCUACAAGGUUGUCGGAAUGGGAGAUUUGGGAGCAGAUCGAGAGACUUUUCUUCAUGAUACAAAGAAGUGCACAGUGCAACAGUACUUUGCUGAGAAGUACCAGAGAAACCUUCGCUACCCAAGACUUAACCUAUUGCGAGUUGCUCCGGAUGCUAAGAAAAUCUUCUUGCCUGUUGAGUGUUGUAAGAUAGCCAAGGGACAGAAGGUACAAGGAAAACUCAGUGACAGAGAGACGUCACAGUUCAUCAGAAACACAGCUAAGUCACCAUCUGACAGGCUUCGCCAUAUCACCCAAAUGGUCCAGAAGCAAAAGUUUUCAUCUGACCCAAAUAUAAGAGGCCUUGAGUUCUCCAUAUCAGAUACACCAAUGUCUGUUGAGGGUCACGUUCUGCAGGCUCCAAAGCUGCUUAUGAACAAGGAAUUCCCACCAGUGAGGGGAGUGUGGGACACCAGAGACAAGUCCUUCUUUAAAGCAGGAGAUCUCAAGUGCUGGGCCGUCCUCAACUACAGCUCUCGUUUCAUCAGAGAUGAUGCUUUGCAGCGAUUCAUCGGCAACAUGAAGGAGAUGGGCAGGGAGCGGGGAAUGAACAUAAGUGAUCCAGCCCUUGUUUUCAAUGCCCGCAAUCCUGCUCCAGAGGGAGAUCUUCCAAAUGUCAAGAGGAGGUUACCUGAUGUUCAGCUCAUCAUGGUUGUCCUGCCAAGAGAUGGAGACUACUACGCACGUGUCAAGAAGAUUGGAGACCGAGAAAUCUCAGUGGUGACACAAUGUGUAAAAGAUGCCAAUGUGAACAAAAGUGCUCCUCCGCUUGUGAGUAACCUUCUGCUCAAGAUCAAUGCCAAGAUUGGAGGUGUCAACAAUGUUCUUGGACAGCACAGACUAGUGGUAUUCCACUCUCCUGUCAUGAUCAUGGGUGCUGAUGUCAACCAUCCCCCAGCACAUGACAAGACUACUCCAUCCCUGGCAGCAGUGGUGGCCUCAAUGGACAAAUAUGCAUCAAGUUAUGCUGUAGAAGUUCGUCAUCAAAGACACAGAACAGAAAUGAUUCAGCAACUAAGAGAGAUGACAAAAAAUCUUCUUAUUGCAUUCUACCGACAAACAAGGAGGAAACCAGAGAGGAUUGUAAUGUUCCGUGAUGGAGUUAGUGAGUCUCAGUUCUUGGAAGUGUUGUCUUUUGAGCUGAAGGCCAUGAGGGCUGCCUGCACAGAGCUGGAGAAGACCUACCAGCCAGCCAUGACCUUCAUUGUUGUUCAGAAAAGGCAUCACACAAGAUUGUUUUGCAGUGAGCGUGAUGGUGUAGGGAAGUGUGGCAAUGUUCCACCUGGCACUACAGUGGACAACACCAUCACCCACCCAACUCAAAGGGAUUUCUAUCUCUGCUCUCACCAAGGCAUCAUAGGAACCAGCAGACCCACCCACUACCAUGUGCUGUGGGAUGACAGUGAUCUGUCCAUGGAUAUGCUGCAGAACCUGACCUAUGCCAUGUGCCACCUAUAUUCCCGGUGCACUCGCUCAGUGUCCAUUCCCACCCCAGCCUACUAUGCACACUUAGUGGCAUUCAGGGCUAAACUUCAUAUUCGUGAUUUGUGUCCAAGUGAGACUGCAUCCUUGUCUUCAGGUGAAGAGGCUACUGUUCUGAGUGAUGCUGUAAUGACUCAAAAUACAAAACUAGGACUCAAUGACAAAAUGGCCACACAUUUGUACUAUGUGUAAAUCCUGAAAAAAAAAGCAAACAUACUUCUGUGCACUGGUGUUCAUUUAUAGUAUUUUAACAUGUAUCAUCCUCUGUAAAUUGAAUUUUAUGACACACCCACAAUGAGAAUGUAAAGCCAUGAAGCUAGCAACUGAUAUUUUUGGGUAAGAUGGUACAGAGCCCAUUUUAAUAUAAGUAAAAGAGGUAUGGUAUGAGCAUUUUACAUGUUUUAAAGUUAAUUAUUCAGUUUUAAAGAAGUUGGCUCAAGCCAGAAAAUUUAUGAUGUAAUAUGAUAGUGGAAAGUAGUUCAAAGAGAGAUGCUGUGUCAAGCAGAACUUGUGUAUUUUUUUACUUUCAGUAUACAUAAAUUCUGAAUAAGGAAAAAGAAAAAAAUAAGAAUUAGAAUUAAAAUGCAAUUUGGGAGUUAUCAAACGUGAUUAUGUGGACGAAACACAGAGCUUGUUUAAGGUCAUUGAACUGGCAUGUUAUUUUUAUUUUACAUGAUCAACUGAGGAUGUUUUGUACUUCACUUAUUCUAAGACAAACAAAUUCGGGACCCGAUUCAUCAAACCAUUUACAAGACCUCAAGACCUCUCGUUAGUAAGUCUUCUGGUAACUCUGUCCACUACGGACACUCCGUGUUUAGGCAGUUCCAAUGGUGAUGAAUGAAGUGAUGGCCAGGCAGUCAUUUCAUUCAUCGCUAUCAGAACCACCUAAAGAUCAAGGGUGUUCAUAGCAGACGGAGUUACCAAAAGACUUACGGCGGAAAUUUCUCUGACCCUAACUGAUCAUAUAGUCGAUCUUCUCAUUGGGAUGGAUAACUGUCCAAAAUUAGUGAAUGGCCUCAUCAAGUUAAAAGGAAUUAACUUCUUGAAGGUUGCUGGGGGUAAAAGGGAUUAACUUCUUGAAGGUUGCUGGGGGUUUAAUUCCUUAUAGCAACAUGAGGCUAGAUUUGCUAUGGUCACUAAUGUAAGUGUUAAUAAAUUACACCCCUUGGAGAGAGUUUCUAGUGUUGUGGAUCCGUGAUAUAGGAAAUUAGUUUAAUUUAUGGCUGCGUCGCCCCACCCCAUUCGGACCAUGUAAGCUUUGACCUUGGUUGGAGUUGGUGUUCAGUUUCAUUCUAGGGCAAGUCAAUUGUUUGUAUCCAGUACUCUAAUUCAUAUUUGUCCUGUGAUGCCCAUUUAAUUUUUCACAACUUGCCGACGAGAGGUUUGAUGAAUCUGGCCCUUGGAUUUGUUCUUACUUUUGGUACAAAAAAUUUUACCAACUCAUACAGGCUGUGGAAAUAUUUCUGCAGUGCUGUAACUUAAACUUAUAAUGAAGUAUCAAUCUUGCACAGGUUACCAAUAUAGAAGAGCAGCCAAGUAUAGUAUAGCCUCCUCCUCCUCCUCCCUUGUAUAGGAAGAGGAGGAGGCUGCACCUUGCUGCAGUCUAACAUUCACUGUUACCCUGUGCAAGGAGUUACCUUUACACCAAAAAGUUACAAAGUCAGCCCCAAAACAGUAACUUUUAUAACAAAUAAGUUUAUAUAUAAAAAAACUUUUUACAUGUUUCAAAGACAAUAUAUUCCUGUAUAAACUAA